AUGGUUCAGGUAUGUGCGUAUUAAAUUUGAAGGGGUUUUGGAAAGAGUUGUGUAAAAAGUAACUGCAUGAGAAGUUCUCAGAAACUUGUAUAAUUAGAUUGGCUUUAGAAUCAGUUCAAGAAGGAAAAUUCAUACAUAGAGACAUCAAACCUGAGAAUUUCUUAGUAGGUAGUUGUGGAGAUCAUAAUAAUGUUUAUUUAAUUGAUUUUUGAUUAGCAAAACCAUAUAUGGAUGCAUAAGGUAUUUUGAAAGUAAAAAUUAGGAAUGCAUAUUCCUAAAGCAGAGAAUAAGGGAAUGGUAGGAACUGCAAGAUAUAAAAGCAUAAAUUCACAUUUAGGUCAGAAUAGAGUAGAAGAGAUGAUUUAGAAGCAAUGUGUUAUGUUCUUAUGUAUUUAUGUAAUGGAUAGUUACCAUGACAAAAUUUUUCUUAUUAAACUAGAUAAGAUAAUUUUUUAAAAAUAUUGGAGGCAAAAUAGAAUAUGGCCAUAGGUUAAUUAAAAAUUAAUAUUCUAACAGUAUUAAAACAAAUUUAUGAUAAUUCAAAAGGAUUUAGAAUUGAUGAAUAACCUAAUUAUACAAAAAUGA